UGAAUGGGAAUGGGAAUUGAGAUUAUUCUGUAAACAUCGAAUAGCUUAUAAAUAUGACUUUCGGGAUUGUGUUACUAAAUAUUUCACAAUCCAAAAAUUUUCCAUAAUGAGUUAGUUUUAAUUAUUCAUUUAAAGCUGGUUUGCCCAUAAUUAUGGAGAAUAUUUUUAUCGAUGAUAUUAUUCCUUCAUUUCAUUUUGCCAUUUUUUACUCUAGUUCCAAUUCUUAUUCAAAUUUUCCAUUUGUAAUUAUUCUCUUCGUGUUAAUAUUUCCGAUUUCAAUAUAAAAAUUUGAUCACAGGUUAAUAGAGCUGGAUUAUUUAGUUUUACAUUGUCCUCUCGGUAUGACGCCCAUACGACAGACUCAACGUGGAUCUGUGUUCUGCAAAUUCGGUCCACACGCUGUUGCCCGUGGAGAUCCAUAUAGCCCCGGGGAGUUAUGUUGUGCCUGCGGGGGUCCUCAGUGAUCUCUUCGGGCCGUAUCUCAUUGGCAGUGAACGACUCGAGAAUGUAAUUCUGUCUGCUGAUGAGCAGGAGAUCAAUACUGAGCAGAAAAAGGGAGGGAAGAAUAAGAGGAAUCUGAGGUAUGCUGGGCUGGCCGAUCAGUUAUCAGCGAAAAUGGGGAAGAAGAAGAGGAACUCGGUGGAGGCCACUGCCACCAUGAGCUACUCGGAGAUGACGCUGAUUCCUGGGGAGGAACAGCGGUGGGAGGUGUGGCUGCAUGAACAGUGCGCGGUUUGGGCCGCUGGGGUUUAUUUGGCUGGUGGAAGGGUCACUGGACUUCAGGAAGCUGUCUGGGAUGCCACAAAGUUCAUUUGCAAUGCCUGUGGUUUGAGUGGGGCCAAUAUUGGUCGUGUUAAACGUGGCUGCGAAGCUGUCACACAUUAUCCCUGUGCACUGACAAAGGGCCGGCUACUCGAUACCUAUCAGUAUAUCCCAAGAUGUAACCUACGCAGGGUCACGUGAAAUAAAUUUCAAAUCUCUUCAGAUGAUGAGCAAAAACCCAGAGAAUAAGCCCCCACGAAUAGCGUUUAGACAAUGGACAUUUAUCAAUUUCGUGUAAAUGUACAGUGAUUAUUUUUCCAACCCAAAUAU